UUUGUCGGCUUGCAGGAUAGCUAAGCUAAGUUGAGCCGUUCAUUAGGUGAGUAUGGCGGUAGCAAGCUGGGACCCGGAAUCUAGUUCUAUUUUAUUGUUCUAUUGUUAACGACCUGGCACUUUAAAAAACAAUUUAUCAGAACAAAGUGAACGAUAUAACCUGUAUUCCUGCGUAUUACGCGGUAUAGCGGAGUCGCCGUAGUGCCGGGCACUUCUGUGACAGUUUAAGGUUGUUUUGUGAAAGUUAGCCGUUUAGCUAAAGCGCAAGUCGGGCAGCUGUGCUGUGGUUGUAGCCAUGAUGGCGUCUAGCUACUCCGCGAAAGAGGAAGACGGGCACCAUUCCGGAGCCCCGGGACCCGGCGGCGUUAACGCUAAAAGUAGGAAGCCAGACAACACGGCGUUCAAGCAGCAGCGGCUGCCUGCCUGGCAGCCGAUCCUGACCGCGGGGACGGUGCUGCCUGCGUUCUUCAUCAUCGGGCUCCUCUUCAUCCCCAUCGGCAUUGGCCUCUAUGUAACGUCGAACAACAUCAAGGAGUACGAGAUUGAUUAUACCGGUGUUGACAUGUCAAGCCCAUGUUUCAACUGCUCUCAGAACUACAGCUGGAACUCUACAAAGCCCUGCACAUGUUCAGUGGCCUUCUCUCUGGAUCAGCCCUUUGAGAGCAAUGUGUUCAUGUACUACGGACUGUCCAACUACUAUCAGAACCACCGCCGCUACGUGAAGUCGAGAGAUGACAGCCAGCUGAAUGGCAACUUGAAUUCCCUGAAGGAUCCUAGCAAGGAAUGUGAACCGUACCGCACGAAUGACGGCCUGCCGAUAGCCCCCUGCGGGGCCAUUGCCAACAGCCUGUUUAAUGAUACGUUGGAGUUGUAUUACAAUGACCCUAAUGGAACGAAGAUACCGAUUCGAUUGGUUAAGACGGGCAUCGCUUGGUGGACAGACAAGCAUGUGAAAUUCAGAAACCCGGUGGGAGACGGUUCCAAUCUCUCUGCUGUUUUUCAAGGUACCACAAAGCCUGUCAACUGGCAGAAGUACGUCUAUCAGCUGGAUACUGACCCCGAUAACAACGGCUUCAUCAACGAGGAUUUGAUUGUGUGGAUGCGCACGGCGGCUCUGCCCACCUUCCGCAAGCUGUACCGCAUCAUUGAGAAACAGGGGGAUGCCACCCCUACUCUGCCUCGGGGCAAUUACACCCUAUUGAUCACAUACAAUUACCCCGUCCGUAGCUUCGAGGGCCGCAAGCGUAUGAUCUUGAGCACGAUUUCCUGGAUGGGGGGCAAGAAUCCCUUCCUGGGCAUCGCCUACAUCACCGUGGGCUCGGUCUGCUUCUUCCUGGGUGUGGUGCUUCUCAUCAUUCACCACAAGUAUGGCAGCCGCAGCAACAACGCGGACAUCGCCAGCUAAGCUGGCAGGGUAGAGCAGUGCGAAGGCCGCAUGGAUCCUCUCCGGAAUGCUCUUGUCCGGGUCAAUGGAAUGUCCUUCCUGUAGAAUUGAAUCUGCCUGACAAAAGGCAGACGUUGCACAAAUGGACGUCGCAUAUUAGUGUCAGCAAACUGAGCAUCUGCUAUUAUUUAUUAUAGAAUGAAAAAAAUAGCCAUUUAUUUGAUAUGUGAUCUUGAUUCAUUUGCAUCUUGGUAAGUUUUAUUUGUGACUUUUUCUCGUCACCCUGAGGUGUGAAUUGCCAAUUCGGUAACUUGUUCAGUAGUUCUUUCACUAGCUAUGGACAAUGGCAGAUUAUCGGCUGACUUGCUAUGCUGUCAAACUAGAGUCCCGCUUGUUACUUUGCAUGUGUUUUGCUGGAUGAAUGUGUCUGAUUUUCAUUUACUAACCACUUGGGGUGGUUCAUGUGGGUUUGUCUUUAUUCCACUGUGUGUCUGUGUGGUGAGGUGUAAAAAAAAAAAAAGGUGAGAAAAUUCCUUUUUUGUGAUGUCAUGUCGAAGUUAUUCAGUACAUAAUUCUAGAUCUUAAAGCUAAUGUAUUUUAUUACUGAUGUGAGUUAACUCAAACAAGCAAGAGUAAGUUCUGUUGAUUCUGGAGAUACAAUUACAGUUUAUAUAAGAGGAUUUUUUGUUUGUUUACCCAAAUGGACCAAAACAUUUAAAUUUCUGUAGCCUUAUCAGUUGCUUUGGAGGAAUACUUACAAAAUAUGGUUUUGUUUUUUUCUCUUACAUUUUUAAGAGAAGUAUUCAUUUAAAAAUCAUAUUUUGCACUUUAAAUUCAUUUAUAAACUUAUUUUUUGAUAUCUUGUGUGAUUGAAUAUGUUUCAAAACCAAAUUAAUUUUUAUCAAAUAAAAUGACUCAUCACGUA